AUGUCUCUGGCGCGAUCUGCUAGCGGACCAGGCGGUCUGACCAUCAACACUGGCGCUGCGAACACACUCGGGUCCCUCUCAUCUCAACAACCAGCGGCGGGCGGGCUCCUUGGUUCCAGCAGCGCAUCAGCGAAUCCGACUCAGUCGACCCCGGGCGGCAUGGCGACCACGGGCGGAUUGUUUGGCGCGACGCAGCCCAAAAUAGGCACGGGGAUAUUUGGCACCUCGACAGCGACGGCCGCGCCGGCGAGCUCUGGCAGUGGGCUUUUCGGGGCCGGCAACACUGCCCAGCAAAACCAGCAAGGCUCAGGGACCGGUCUGUUUGGCAGCAACGCGAACAAUGCCCAGCAGCAGCAACAGCAGCAGCAGCAGCAGCAGCAACCACAGCAGCAGCAGCCAGCUGCCGGCGGUCUAUUUGCAAACACCUCCAACAUGCAGCAGCAGCAGACUCAACUGCCCGCCGGCGGAGGUCUUUUCGGCAACACCAGUAAUCCACAACAGCAGCAACAGCAACAGCCACAGCAACAGCAAAGUGGAGGCCUGUUCGGACAAACAACUCAACAGCCGCAGGCCCAGACGGGUGUGGGCUUGUUUGGCUCAUCUACGGCCAACGCUCAACCAGCAGCAGGGGGAGGCUUUCUCGGCCAGUCACAGGCAAAGCCUUCGGGAGGACUCUUCGGUCAAACCCAGGCUCAGCAGGCUCAGCCAUCGAAUCAGGUUCCCGCUGUUCAGAUCAACUAUGACAAUCUCCGGCCGCGUACAAGGUUCGAUGAUCUCGCUCAACCUGUCCAGGACGAGAUUGCCCUCAUAGAUAAGGGCAUCCAACGCGUCAUCAAGAUGAAGGACGAAAUUGGCGAAUUCAUGCCGCAACACGAGAAGGACAUUGUGCAGCUCGGGUGCGACGUCAAAUUCGUCGAGUCCAAGUUCCGGACUGUGCAAGUCGCCCUCAAUCGAGAUAUCCAGACGGUCAAGGUGCUCCAGGACAUGACCAAGAAGAACAUUGCCGACGCGCAACUGUCCUUCAAGGCCACAGACAACCUGAAACUGCCUACCCACUAUCACCAAACAGGCCUUUUCGCCGGCCCGCCACCGCCGGCCGACUCCAGGACAACGGACGCGUCGUCUGCCCAUGCUAGUGCCCAGGAUCUCAUCACGUACUUCAACCGAGUGUGCGACGACGUGGAGAGAUACAAGAAGCGGCUGGACGAGUACCGCGGCGAGAUUGAGCGCGAUAUGCCCGGCGUCGAAAAUGGCCUGUACGAGCAGAUCAGAACGUUCCGCGACAGGAAUGCGGCGGCCGGCGGAGCGGUCCAGGACCAGCUCGGCCAAGUGCUGUCGGCGCUGCGGGAGACGGGCAGCGCCAUUGUUGCUCAAGCAGGACAGAUUGCGGACACGAGGGAGAGGCUGUCGAGACUGCAGGCCGGCAUCUUGGACAGCGGGCUCUACGCCGCCGGCAUGGCUGCAUGA